GUGAUCGGGCGAGGUACGAGCUUGGUGGACGCGUGUGACGAGGCAGGGACAAAUCUUAAAAGGAACAAACCUUUUUAACUCUUUACGUGGAACUUCGCUUAAUUGGGCCAAAGUUUUCUAGUCCCGAUGUGUCCCUAUUAACGGGAAUCCACUGUAUUCAAAAAUACAGUGAGGACAUCUGGCGGCUGUGCCGUGUGGAUUGGAAAUGUGGCAACCGACGCUGUGAUCCCGCGUAUCGGUAAGGCGGUUCCCUUCCGCCCGACAUCCUCACUGUAGAAUACCGCUGUGUAAUGUUUCUGAUAAUAUGACAAAAUCUUCUGUCGACUCCACCUAAUUUUUCUUUCCAGAAUAAAUUUAACAUAGACAAUGAAAUCGGGUGUUCUGAGUAGUGGCGUGGGCUCUACCGAUGAUGUAUGCAUCACAGAAUCCCAGAUAGGGCCGGAGGAGGGGGGGGACAUGUACUUCCGGUUUGGAGGCUCCAUCGUCGCCUUUCAUGUGUUAGUUGAUCUUAUACCCCGCGCGUGUGCAUAUGAACAGGGCGGUUCUCCGUUUGCUGUAAGGCCACUGCAGUAGGUGCCAGAACAGGUUGCUCCGGAGCUAUGGACUGUGAGGAUUCGUCGUACAACUCGACCAGCGAGCCGGAGCCCGAUUCUGACCCGGAAGACCCGGAGCGUCUCCUCAACGAGUGGCUGGGCGAACUGGACAGUCUGACAGUGGGGUUGGACAAUGUGAGCUCUGGGGCACUGCGCCCCCUCAACUCGGACCUCAACACACCCCGCAUAGACAGCUACCGCUUCUCCAUGGCCAAUCUGGAGGACUCUCAGGAUGUUGAUCUGGAUGCCAUCUUGGGCGAGCUUUGCGCAUUGGAGAACCAGUAUGACGCUGCACUGACGGGUGGGAGGAACAUUUCCCAACAUCCAGGCCCCAAGAGGACUUCUGUACCCAAUACAGGGAUGGACAGAGGAAUUCAGCACCAGUCGCUUCUGCAGCAGCAUCGGAGAACGCACUCCCGUUCCAGCUCCGAGGGCAACCGACUGCUGAAGCUAGAUCCUAGUGAUACGGACCCACUAACAAAAACUGAAGGCGGUGUUCGGACAGAGAGCCCCGACAAUGACUCCGCCUUCUCGGACAAUGUGUCCAUGUUAUCGAGUGAGAGCUCUGCCUCCAGUGGCGGUAGUGGAGGUCGCGCUGACCCUGGUGGCAAACCCAGUGGACUCAACUUAGCACCUUCUCCCACUCAGCAGGACGCUGCAAGUCGUGCCAAAGCAGAGAAGAUCCGUAUCGCCCUAGAGAAGAUGAAAGAGGCAAGUGUCAAAAAGCUGUUCAUCAAAGCAUUCUCAGCUGACGGAAGUACAAAGAGCCUCUUGGUGGAUGAAAAGAUGACUUGUGCCUAUGUGACACGCCUCCUUGCGGACAAGAAUCACGUCCAUAUGGACCCCAAAUGGGGAAUUGUGGAGCACCUGCCCGAUCUGUACAUGGAACGAGUGUAUGAGGACCACGAGCUUCUGGUCGAAAACCUCAUGAUGUGGACCCGAGACUCAAAGAACAAGCUCCUCUUUUUGGAGCGGCUGGAUAAAACUGAACUGUUCUCCACACCCGAGAACUUCCUCCUCAGCCAAUCUGACCGCAGUAACACAGACUUCGAUGACCAUGCAAGGGCCAUAUUGCUAGAGGAGUUCUUCUCAAGCACAGGUGUGGGUGUCCCUGAGGUUGAAGGGUCUCUGUUCCUUAAGGCAGAUUCCAAAAAGGGCUGGAAGAAACACCACUUUGUACUGCGGGCUUCUGGGCUGUACUACUGGCCCAAGGAAAAGGCGAAGUCAUCCAGAGACCUCGUCUGUCUCGCUACCUUCGAUGUUAACCAGGUAUAUUAUGGCGUUGGGUGGCGCAAGAAAUUCAAGUCCCCAACAGACUUCUGCUUUGCGAUCAAGCACCCGAGGCUGCAGCAACCCAAGUCCAGCAAGUACAUAAAGUUUCUGUGUGCCGAAGACCAGGCGACGCUCGACAGAUGGGUCAUGGGCAUUCGUCUUGCCAAGUAUGGGCGACAACUCCUUGACAGCUACCGCAGCCUAGUGGAUGACCUUGCGCAGGAGGACCUGGACUUGUUAGCCCAUGCUCGAUCGUGUUCUGUCAGCUCGAUUGCAGGAGGUGGCACCGGCCAGCCCGCAGGCACACCCUGCAGUCACAGUGGUUCAGAACCUGAUCAAGACCAUGACCCACUGCAGCCCACUGUGACAGUUACCCCCACGUACAACCACAACUUCCAUUCCGCAGUGGAUGGGUUGCCAGGACCACAAUUACGGCGGAGGGACUCGUCCCGUAGUAGAGCUUCCAGUUCUAGCUCGAGUGGUUGCAUGAGUGAUGGGGGGGCACCCUCAUCUUGUUGCGAGGUGGCAUUUGAAUGUGAUUUCCCCACAACUGGAACCAUCAAACGCAAGCCGUCCAUGAAUCCCAAGUUGCCCCUCACAUCCAUCACAAGACAGCUCAAAGAGGUUGGUGAGACUGUGGUCGAGGGAUCAUCUUCGCCUGACACAGACUCGCGUAGUGGUACUCUCACUAGAAAUGGAACAAGGCAGAGCAGGCGUCGCUCAUCAAAUAUUUCAUCGGAGGAGUCCGGAAGCAAUUCCAGCACACUUAAGCGAUGUCACAAUCACCAUCGAGGGUCUAACUCUGGCUCGUCCUCCAGUGCUUCCACGCCGAUCAGGGAGCAGCCCAUGGAGCUUAGCCCUGUGGAAUUCCCAGCACGAGUGCCAGCAAACGAUGUGAUACAGAAUGGCGUUGAAAUCACAGAGCCCAUGACUCUUGGCUGUGAGCCACAAGAUGGUGUGGAAGCUUUUGACUCGUUGCCUCCUCCGCCUCCUGAGAUGUUCCAGAGCACCCUUAGUCUGGAUUCUCUUCCUCCACCCCCUCCACCAUCAGAGCUGCCAGUGUACACAGAUCUUGGGGGCAGUUCUCUAUCCCUCCUCUCCCUGCCACCACCACCCAGCCCCUGCAUCGACUCUGCCACCAUCCGUAAGCAACAGAAUCUACCACCACAUCAAGCGAACAAGCUACCCACUCCUCAGUCAUCAGCGUCAUCCACCCCCACCAAUGUUCUCUCACCUUCUACAACGCCUACUAGAACACGGCCGCCAUGCUUUUCCCCCCCUUCCAGUCCCAGGGCUUCCACAACCCCACGUGUGCCUCCCAAACCAACGCCCAUCACCUCCAGACAGGGCUCCCUGUCCCGACAACAAAGUCUGGAGAGUGGAAGUUCGUCGCACUAUGCUGUUCCCCCUUAUCUUGCAGAGCUGAAGGCUGGCUCACCCCUCAUGGCUCGCAAAGCAUCUGUCACCAGUGCUACAGGAUCUAGUCCGAAAAGUCCCAUUAGUCCAGCCACCCCGUCAUCGCCACCACAGUCAGCUGUUGCACCAAAGAGCCCAAUCUUGUUGACCAAACAACGCACGCGGACUGUCACAAAAAAGAUCUCAUUUAACUUCACUCCUGAAGAGAUAGGUGGGGGUAGUAGUGGUACAACUACUCCAUCAUCUCCAACUUAUGGCAGCAACAGGAAACCAUUGCCACCAAAACGAAGUGAGAGCACAAGACUGAGCACAACACCCAGUCCUAAGAGGCUCUCAGAUGCGGACUCUACCCUUACACCACCUCCCAAGGACUUCCUUAAGGACCUGCAGCGAAUCAUGCGCAAGAAAUGGCAGGUGGCUCAGAAGUGCAAGUUGGAUUCAUCCACAACACCACAUGAGGUGCUAGGCUUCCGGGAUCCUCCUCCGCCAGUUGCCGAUUAUCGCGAGACGAAUGUGAGUAAUUGGGUACAGGAACACUAUGGCGCGAGAGACAAUCUUUACGAGAAUGUCUAUUUGGUUGGAGGCGGUCCGUCUGUGCAGGAGGUCACCUAUGCAUCACGGAGUCAAACGGUGCCAUCUUCAGUAGACUACUAUAGCAGGCAGCAGGCCAACAGCGUCGCCAUGGCGAUAGCCAACAAGAAGAGGCCGCCGCCUCCUCCACCAAAGCGCAGCGAGACCACGCAGCUGUCAACAGCGCGGCUUCACUGACAGUACAAGCAGCGCUAGUCACUCUCAUGCUGACAAUAUAAUUAAUUUAUUAAUUUUCAUCUGUUUCUGCGGCCCCUCGUCUUGUACUUCCGUUCGUGUGUGAUGACUAUUCGACAAAUUUUUAUGGUGCAUUGAUUUUUUUUAAAGUAUAAAUGUAUUCUUAUGUGUAAAUAAUUUUUUUUGUAACAUCAGUUAGAUGGAUGCUUCAACGGAUUCUUUUUUAAUUAUCGUAAUUGAGCGCAAUUGAAGAAGACAUUUCUGAUGAAUGAAUUCUGCAGUGAAUGAAUGUUUCCUGUCCUGUAAUUGUGUUCCCAAAGUCUGGGGAAAGAAGCGUGGAUUUGUAAGUGUUCAAAGUGUUCGAGCAAAGAACGAAAGGUGUGGAAACGAGAGACGAGUCUGGAGCCAAUGAUGGUUUCUCUUGAUCGAUUUCCUAUGAGUGGAGAAGGGAUCACAAAUUUCAGGCAUAACUCGUAAUAAAAUUAUACGGUCCCCACGUGUUUUCGGCUGCAAAUGAAGAGUCUCGUC